UCUGUACUAGAAAGCGGUCCUACUAUCUCCACUCUUUUCACAUCACAAAUUAUUCCUCCAUCUCUCUCUCUCUCUCUUUCAAUCUCCAUCCCUUUCCCUUCCAAUUUCCAUAACAUACAACAAAUCUCCCCAAUUCCCCACAACAACAAUGGCAGAAGAGCAUCACAAUCACCACCACUUACCUCCAGAGCCUCCGUCCCCAGCCAUGUCCUCCGGCGAAAAACACGGCCACCACCCCACCAAACACGUGUCACCACCAGGAUCCGCCACCUACGCGUACAGCCCGCGGCGCAGCCACGUGGCGAGCCUCGUCACCGUCCUCCUCCUCCUCAUCGGCCUCACCUUCCUCGUCCUCUGGCUCCUCUACCGCCCCCACGACCCGGCCUUCGCCGUCGCCGCCGCCGCCGUCUACUCCCUCAACUUCACCGCCCCGCCGUACCUCGCCGCCGCCUUCCAGUUCACCGUCGUCGCCCGCAACCCCAACCGCCGCGUCUCGAUCCUCUAUGACAGCCUCACCGCCUACGUCGCGUACCGCGGCCAGGCCGUCACGGUGCCCCUGCCGCUCCCGCCGCUCCGCCAGGCGGCGAAGACCACGGUCGCGAUGUCGCCGGUGAUCGGCGCCGGAGGCCGGGUGCCGGUGAGUGUGGAGGUCGUUGACGGGCUGGCGGCGGACGAGGCGUACGGCGUCGUGCCGGUGAGCGUGGUGGUGUCCGGGCGGCUGCGGUGGAAGGCCGGCGCGGUGACGACGGGGCGGCACCGGGUUUACGUCAGGUGUGACGUUUGGGUCGGGUUGAAGCGCGGGGUGUCGGGUCAGGUGCCUCUGCUCGGAUCCACCGGCUGUAAAGUUGAUGUCUGAAUCCGGUCGCAGGUCGGGUCGGGUCGGGUAAAUUUGAUAGGAUCCGAACUGAGUUAAUUGUGUUUAUUAUGUACUGUAAUGAACGAGUUCCGGUAAU